AUGUCGAACUUCGACCCCAAUGCCAUCCUUCGCGGGGCUCAACUAACCUUCGUGGGUGCUCAUCGAGCCCUACAAAACCCGGAUCUGUUCACGACAUCCCACUAUCAACAAGCUGCCAUCGCCGUGUGCGCAGGACUAGCCAUUCGAAUCAUCAUCAACAUCCCGAUCUACCUGGUCAAAUUCUUACUCCUCCUGAUAUCCGUCUUCGUCAAUCUCGACCAUGAGACCUGGGACGACAAAUUGGUGGGCGGGCUAGAUUUCAUUUCCAAAUCCGUGCUUCAGGCUCCGUUUUUCCUCAUGAUGGUCAUGUCCUCCGUAACACCGACACUGGACAAUCUGUUCAUGGACAGCCUCGCAUGGGUCGAUCGGACGUAUAUUCAAAAGCACCAGUCCGAAGACCCUACUACACUACGAGCCAUGUACUAUCCGACACUCAAGAUGUAUUCAACACACGGCGAGAAGGAGAAGAAGGAAAAGCGCUCCCUUCUUGACGGAGUCCUGCUCUUCGCAGCAAAAUAUGGUCGACGCGCCGCCAUCUCUCUGGGUGUCUACGUCCUCACAUUUCUCCCCGUGGUCGGACCGCUAGUACUCCCUGCCGCCAGCUUCUACACCUUCAACAAAUCCGUCGGACCCGUUCCGGCAGGCAUAAUCUUCGGCUGUGGUCUGCUCCUCCCAAAGCACUACAUGGUCUCAUUCCUCCAGACAUACUUCUCCAGCCGCAGUCUGAUGUCGCGCCUGCUGGAGCCAUAUUUCCACCGCGUGCGCUUCACCAAAGCACAGAAGAAGAUCUGGUUCCUCGACCGCAGCGGCGUGCUCUUCGGCUUCAGCGUCGCCUUCGCUGUAAUGGUCAAAAUUCCACUUCUCGGUGUCUUGAUCUACGGCAUCGCCGAAGCGAGCACCGCCUAUCUGAUUACGAAAAUCACAGAGCCACCUCCGCCACCAAUGGCUGGCGGGGAGGGCGAUAAGGAAUUCAUCGAGAGUGAAGUUCGAUGGAAGAAUAAACAUCUCUUCCUCGAUCUGCCGCUGGGGCGUCUUGAUGAGUUUAAUGCGAAGUUGAGUGGUGCUGAGGAUGUGAAGAAGCAACGUCUUCCUGAGGCUCCAAGGAGAAAGUUCACUUGA